ACCUGCUGCAGAAGCAAGUCAUCUACUUCGUGCGCUUCCUCGAAACCUUCAAAAGCAAAAGCCCUCUACUUGAACACUUCUUAUCUAACACUAGCAGCGGCGUCUGCUAGUGAUUGCUAACUUGUGCUAAAACACCGGCGAAAAGAGCGAAAAAAAAAAAAUGGCUGGUUCUUUGAGCCCCUUUGUAUACUGGGCUCAAACUGAGGACUCCAUAAGUUUACGAGUGGCACUUAGCAACUCCAAGGAUGCUGAUGUAGUACUUCGUCCAACAAAGCUUGAGUUUUCGGCUCAUGGCCAUGGGGCAAAGGGUGUUCAUGACUAUGGGUUUUCACUGAACUUUAAUCAACCUUUGGACACUGAGGCAAGUACCUACAAAACAAGUGACCGAGAAGUGCUUUUUAUCUUGAAAAAGGCAAGGAAGUUUUGGUGGUCAAGGCUUACAGCUACUCCGCAAAAGCCUGCCUGGCUCAAGAUUGAUUUUGAACGCUGGAAGUCAGAGGAUGGAGACGAAGAAGAAGAUGAAGAAACACGUGAUGUCAGAAAAGAUUACCCUGACCUGUACAGAGAUCUGCAUAAACGGGAGCUGGGUUACAUAAGAGAGAGCUACAAAGAAGUUUACCUUCUCAUUUACAACCUUUUCCAGUUUGUGGGCUUUACCUUUGUUUUCUCAGUGUUGAGUAUUCAGUAUUACAGAGAUGGACCAAAUGCAAUGGUUCAAGCAUUUGAGUCGGUGGGUCCUGCAAUGAAAUUUGUGCAGCUUCUGCAGUUUCUAGAGGUCAUGCACGUAAUGUUUGGGUACACUAAAGGUGGCAUACUAGCUCCUCUCUUACAAACUUGUGGCAGAGCAUUUGUUCUAUUUUGUAUGAUUGAUGCUGAGCCACGCAUGCAUGCAAAACCAGUUGUAUUUUACCUCUUUAUGAUAUGGUCAUCUGUGGAAUUGAUAAGAUAUCCGUAUUACAUUUCUCAGCUAUACUCACUGAACAUUUAUGCUCUCACCUGGCUACGGUACACUAUUUGGAUUCCAUUGUACCCUCUUGGAGUUCUUUGUGAAGGUGUUAUCAUUCUUAGAAACAUACCCUUUUUUGAAGAAACCAUGAGAUUUUCUUGGGCUCUUCCAAAUGCUUGGAACUUUGCUUUCCAUCUCCCCACCUUCCUCAAAAUAUAUUUAGCAUUUUUCAGUUUUCCAAUCCUUUACUUCCUUAUGAACCACAUGUAUCGCACUCGAUGCAAAAAGCUUGGAAUCAAGAGCUGGAAAAAAUCCAAUUGACUUCAUUGAUAGCAACAGCUGUUGCACGUAACAUUUUUUUUUUUGCCACCAGGCAAAGUUUUCUAUCAUUUGUAUUUAAAUGUAAACUUUUUAUGAAAUGUAUUUGCUCAUUUUCAGCUUGUUAUAGCCCAGCAAUUUUUCACAAUUGUUGGGGACAAGUUUAGUCAAUGUAUAUGGUGACUUUGGUUUGGGAAGUGUAGACAAUAGCAAGCCUAAUCACAAUCAAUGUAAUGCCAUCAUCACAUAAUUAUUAAAGAUUAUCUUAGACUCGG